CGUCGCGGCCCAGCGCACAGCGACAGGGCGGAGAAAGUCGUAGAACAGCAAUCGCGCGCGCGUCUAGAAUCUAGAAGCACACAUACGCACGGACGGGCACAUAGAAGCAGCUGCGGGUGGCAGGCGGAGGCAGCAGCAGCGGCCGCCACCGCGAACAUCGAGGAGAACCUGGAGAUUAUCCAGCGGUCCCUGCUCAACCUGGCCCCCUUCCGGCUGGAGCAUGACAGGUCGCUGGCCGAGGCCGAACCCGAGCCGUCGGAGCGCAACCCGGGCCGGCCUCCGCCCGGCGAGGCCGAACCCAAGCCGUCGGAGCGCAGCCCGGGCCAGCCUCCGCCCGGCGAGGACUGCCCUGGCGUCAGCGCCGCCGAGAUCAGCGUGCCCGAGAAGGCGCACAUCCUGCUGGACAGACCUCUGUCUCCCACGGCGUUGGAGGAGGCGAUUGCGCGCCCCAGG